AUGUCCACCAACUGGACGACGUACGUGUCAUUCGCGAUCGACAGACCAGACAAUCAAGACAAUUUGGCUUUCUACGCUUCCCGACCGUUGAGGAGGCGGAAGAGUUCAUGGACCGCAAUUAUCCUGUUCUCUACCUCUAUGGUGAUGGCGAAAAGUCUAACGGAGAUGCUUCAAAAGUUCGAAUCACUUUCGGUCGUGAGCGAAAAGAGACCCAUCGGGCAGAAGACUCGGAUUGGACGUGUCCAAAUUGCAACAUCAACAACUUCUCAACGCGAAAUCGAUGCUUCAGAUGUCAAGCGUUCAGACCUGGCCUUUACUUACAAACCUCCAGAACCAGGUUUUGACGCUCCGGUGAAAGCAGUAAACGUUGGUGAUAACGAUACGUCCGCUGACAAUACUCCAUCACAAUUUUUGCUUCUGCGUAGACUGGAACCAUCGGUUACUGAGGAGUUACUGGUCAAGGGAGUGUCGAAACUGAACAAACCGAGUUCGACGGCCGUGCAGAAGGACGAAGCCCCAGGAAAGAAAGGUGCGAAAGUCGCUUCCACUACUGGUGAUGCGAAUCUCGGCGCUAAAGAAGGCACACUCCGACGAGUUUUGCUUGUUCGGGACCGACGAAGCAAUGAAAGCUGGAGGUAUGGUUUCGCGGAAUACGCGUCGAUGGAAGAUGCACAAGCUGCACUGACGAGGUACAAUUCCUUUGACCGAUUCACGAUCGCUUCCAAGCAGGUUCUCGUCAGCUACAUCCACGCUGGAGUGUUUGUCCCAGUGUUGAACCCGACACCAGACAUGGAGCGCUUCACAUUCAGUCCAAUCGGCAACCCGUCAAUGAAGCUGGCGUACUGGGAUGAAUCCGCCUACGUAACGGAAUUAGCCGUUUCCAUGCCGCCCACAAGCUCCGAUGGUAAAUCGGUCCCGAAAGAUGCUGGAGGCUCCAAAUCUAAAGAGACCGAAAAGACCAAGAAGCGCAAAGCGCAGACUUCAGCCAGUGCCGAGGACGGAAGUGCAAAGAAACCCGCGGCGUCACAUUUACAGUUCUGGAGCAAUCGUCACGCCGAAUUGCACGGCAUCGACCAGAAAUCAAGAGAGGGUGGUGAAGCGAACUCGUCAGAUGGCGGUGGUGGUCCGGCGCCGCCAAAUCAAUCUUUUGCUGACCCAAGUCGACAUUGUUGUUAUUUGUGCAUGCGCCAAUUCAACGACGCAGCAGAAGUCAACCAGCACGAACGGCUUAGCGACUUUCACAGACAGAAUCUCCGGGAUGAGAGUAAAGUCAAGAAAGCGACUGCGAAAUUAGCAAAGCAUGGCAUUCAACAUACUGGAUCUGUUCCUAGUAACGAUGAGACUGAUUCGGCGUCCCAGUACCGUGAUCGAGCCAGGGAGCGGCGAAAGAUCUACGGCGUCGUCAACAAGAAGGGCGAACAGGUCGGACCGGGAUCGGGAUCGUCCAAGGUGAAGAAAAUGUCGGAUGACGACGAUCACGGUGGUGACGACGGGCCCGCCGUUGUCCAGUCCAAGGGCGCGUCGCUGUUGAGCAAGAUGGGAUACAGGGCGGGCCAGGGACUUGGAGCCAGUGGAGAAGGCAUGACGGCUCCGAUCGCGCAGAGCGUGUAUGUUGCCGGCGUGGGGUUGGGAGCUCAGGGAGGCAAAGUUGGCGACGCGGUCGAAGAGGCCGAACGGAACACGAAAGGACGGUAUGAGGAUUUUGCCGAGAAGACGAGAGAAGGAGCACGAGAACGGUAUGCGCGGUUGGGGUAG